AUGUACGUGCCAGUGAUGACUACCUGUGGCCACAAUUAUUGUUAUGAUUGCCUUUCGAACUGGUUGGUAAGUAAUAACGCAAAUGAGCUGACAUGUCCACAAUGUCGCACUCCCUUGAAAGAUGCACCUUCCCUGAACUCAGCCCUACAAGAGCUCUUAAACACAGUUAUUGAGAUUUGCGGACUGAACGAUACCCAUGAUCUGCUAAGAGGACAGAGUAUUACUCAAUACAAGGAGGAUUACGAAAAUGAGACUUUAUUCAAAAACGUCUUCAAAAACACCGCCGUAGCGGUUGUUGACGACGACGAUGGCGUAGCGAGAUGCAGUAACUGCCAUUGGGAAGUUGAAGGUGAUGUAUGUCCUCAUUGCAGUGCAAGGAUGAGAAACCGAUCGCGCGAAUACGACGAAGAUGAGGACGAGGAAGCGCUCUCUGAUACAUCUGAACAUGAUCUGGCCACUCUUCGAAGUCACGGUCACCAUACCCUGCCUGGGGAGAGCGAUGAGUCCGAUAGUGACUACGACAGCGAGGAGCCGAGCAGUCACGCAGCUCGACAUCGUUUUGCGCCAUUCGGGAGUGCCAGAGAUAUCUUGAAUCGCAUCAAUGCACAGGACCGCAGGCACAUAUCAGGAGAUGAGGAUGACAUGGGAUCCGACUUAGACUCUUUUAUUGACGACGACGACCAGGAUGACCUUCAUUCCAGAAGAACUGACCCUAACGAGUAUGACGAUCCUAGUUCGAUUCGAAAAGGAAAAACUACUUCCCAUGGGCCAAUUUUGUUAAGUUCAAGUGAAGACGAGGAUGAAAGCGAAGGGGAUGAGGAGCAUAUACGUCUUACCCAGGAAUUCGAGAACUCAGUUCGCAACUCUCACCCUGAGGUUGGCGGGAGCGAUGAUAUUGACGAAGAAGGAGAAGAAGAAGAAGAAGAGCCUAAUAGCGAUUAUUGGGAACACCAUGAUGGCGGUGGGUUUGUGAGCGGAGACAGUCUGGACAUGGAGGACAUUGACCGCGCUCAGAGAAAGACGAUGGCGAAGAAACGCAGGUUUCGAGUAGUCGAUGACACCGAUGACGAAGAAUAA